AUGGCAGCGGCGGUGGAUGUAGCCUAUGUGGCCGGCCACCUUGGCGUGCCCGAAUCCACGGUUUCGACAGCCACCACCGAUCCAACCCCCGAGCUGGUCGCAAGCCUUCUCGAAGCCGUCAUUGCGAAAGCCCGCGAGCAUGACGAGCUAUACGCCCAGAAGCUCCAGGUCGACAUCGAACUCGAGAGCGCCCACCACAGCGCAGAGUCUAGAUGCCAGUCCUUCAAGGCCACUGCCGACAAGGCACUGAAGGACGUCGAGGAAGUCCGUCAAAAGCUAAAGGAAGAAGAGACGAAGCGGCAAACGGUCGAGAAUGAGCUUCAGUCGCUCAAGGCCCGUGGAUCAGACCACGACUCUGAGCUCACUACCCUCCGCGACCGAGUCGAGUCCUUGCAAUCCUCCAACCGCGCAAACAUGGCCCUGCUCGAGUCGCGCAACGCCCGCGACUCGGAGCUUUCCGAGGAGCUGGCCAAGCAACACCAGAAGAACGUUCAGCUCCAGAAGGAGAUCACCUCUCUGCAACAGGCCGUCCAGUCGGCCCAGGCCGCCGUCAGCAGCUCCAAAUACCGCGAGGAAUCUCUUCAGCAGCAACUCGACCUGGCCCGGCGCAACAGCGAGUGGUUCGAGACCGAGCUCAAGACCAAGAGCGAGGAAGCCCUCAAAUACCGCCGCGAAAAGGGAGCCCGCAUCGCCGAACUGCAACGACAAAACGAAGACGCCAAGUCCACCAUUGACUCCAUGAAGCGAACCGAACAACAGCUCCGAGACCGUCUCAGUGCCGCCCAGGCCAAGGCCGAAGAGGCUCUAACAAAGGUUCAGCAGCAGCAGGAAGCCUUUGCGCGUAGCGAGGAGAGCUACAAGCACGAGAUUGAGAGCAAGCAGCGCGUCGUCGACAUGACCAACCAACUGGCCGACAGCCACAAGGCCCGCGUUCAGACCCUGGAGGGGGAGAAGGAAGCACUCAAGGAAAAGCAUGCAAACGAAGUCAGACGUCUCCAACAAGAGCUCGAAAGGGAGAGGGAGAACUGCCGUGCCCUCGAGGAGAGAGUCGCUCAACUCGAGGCCGAGCUUGACGAGCUCCAUGCUCGCAUGGAGCAGGCCCCCCCUCGUGGCUCGACACCCACCCCGCAGACGCCGCGCAUGAACGGCUCGUUCCUCGGCAGACCUGCCUCUCCUUUCGCCACACCCGCCUCGGCACGAAGCAAGUCUGCCAUCACCGCAACCCAGGCCAUCGACGAGCUCUACAAGGUCAAGGGGCAGCUCGCCGGAGAGAAGAGACGCAACCAGCAGCUCGCCGAAGAGCUCGACAACAUGAUUGCCCUCUUGGAGGCUAAGACACCCGAGAUCGAGGAACUCCAAAACGAAGCCGACACGCUGCGCGCCGAGAUCACCAGGAUGUCCGAGCUCUCCCAGACGAGCUUUGAGGAGCGCGAUGUUGCAAAGAAGAGCGCAAGGAAGGCCGAGGGUGCCCUGGCCAACGCCCAGGCCGAGUCCAAGAUCCUCCGUACCCAGAUUCGCGAUCUCAGCACACAGAUCCAGAUGCUGGUCUUCAACAUGCACGCACGCGAAAAGGGCCUGGAGCAGCUCAGUCGCGAGGAAACGAUUCGCCUGGAACAGCUGUCUCGGGGCGAGGUCACCGAGGGCGCUCUCGCCGACAUGUCCGACACCCACCAGUUCAUCACCCAGAAGUUUGUUGUCUUCAAGGACAUCCAAGAGCUUCAGGCCAAGAACCAAGAGCUUCUGAGAGUCACCCGGGAACUGGCGGAGCAGAUGGAAAGCGAAGAGGCGGUCGCUGCCAAGAGCCAGGCCGUAGAGGACCACCAGGCCGUCGAGCGCCUACAGCAGGAACUCGCCAACAUGAUCGACGAGACCAAGUCCUUGAGAACGACAAUGGAGAGUUUCAAGGCCGAGCGUGACAUGUUCAGACGCCUCCUCCAGCAAAAGGCCACCGCUGGCGAACUCGCAUCCAUCCUCGGCUCCGACGACGGGCAGCGCCUGCCGCUCGCUAGCAUCGAGAACGGGGAGGGUGGCGAUGUGUCCCCCCACGACGCCCUCCGCGCACUGCAGGUCGAGUUCGACACGUACCGUAACGACGAGGAGUCCGUCCGCCGAUCGUUGCGCGAGCAGAUUGACAGGCUCUCGAGCGAGAAGAACUCCCUUCAGGGCGAGGUUGCCAAGAUUUCCAGUCAGAUCACUCUCGCUUCCGAACGCUACGAAAUGCUUCACUCCAACUUCGUCGCACUCCAGAGCGAGAACAAGGAGCUUCAGAAGCGCAACCAGUCGCUGUCCGAGGACUCCAUCAAGCACGAAAUCCGAACCCAGCAGGUCGCCGAAGAGCUCAUCGACGCCAAGGGCUUGCUCGAGAGUGUUCGCAACGAGGCCGCAAACCUCAAGGCCGAAAAGAAACUGUGGAAGGACAUCCAAGACCGCCUUAACCAAGACAACGAGAACCUCAUGCAGGAGAAAACACGACUCAACAACCUCCUGGCCAGCCAGCAGUCGAUGCUGAACGAGCGCGACAUUUCCGAGUCGGAAUACAGACGAAAGGCACAGUCAAAGAUUGACACGCUCGAGCAAGAACUCAGCAGCACGAAGCGGAAGUUGUCCGACGAGAUGGAGGAGGGGAAGAAGCUUCAGCUCAGGAAGGAGUUCGACGCACGCGAGUCGCAGAAGCGAAUCGACGAACUCUCCAACAGCCUCAGCCAAAUUCGGGAGGAGCACGUCGCCGUCAAAACCAGCCGUGACCAUCUCCAAGCGAGGGUUGACGAGCUCACUAUCGAGCUCCGCAAUGCCGAAGAGCGGGCUGGUCGCCUUGCACCCAGGCCUACGCCCCGCCCUGGCACCAUGGCGCCUCCCACCCAGACCGACCAAGAAACUGAGGCCGAGGUGCGCGAGCUCAUCAACGAGGUAUCCGACCUCAAGAGAGAGCUCGACAUCGCCAAGUCUCAGCUCGAAAACGCCAAAGAGCAGACUGAGCAGUACAAGCAGCUCAGCGAGCAGAACGAGGAAGCUCUGUCCGAGUUCACUGCCUCUCAGGAACAGUACAGGGAGGAGAUGGAGGCCGCUCUCACAAGCAAGGACGCCAAGAUCAAGGAGCUCGAGCAGCGUGUCGAGGACUUGUCCACCGAGCUGGCGAGCUCCAACAAGGAGUUGUCCCACCUGCGCGACUCCCAGGCCGAGGUUGCUCGCAAAUACGAGGACGAGAAGACAAUCCUGGACGAGGAGAUCAAGCGGUUGAAGGAAGAGUCGGAGCGCCACGCCGAGGCCGCCAAGUUCCACCAACAGGACCUCCGUGCGCAAUCCGAGAUCACGGCCAAGGCCCAGCAAGACUACGAACACGAGCUCGUCAAGCAUGCCGAAGCUGCCAAGCUCGUCCAACAGUUGCGCACCGAAUACAACGAGCUGAAGAGCCAAUCUGCAACGCUGCGGGCCGAGGCCGAGUCUGCCAAGGUCGCCCUAUCUCAGAGUGAGAGCUCCUGGGAGGAGAGGAGGCAGCGACUGGAGCAGGAGAUGUCGGAAAUCAAAACGCGCCGUGACGACGUCAACGCCCAAAACAAGCUGCUGCAUGAGCAACUGGAAAGCAUCACCAAGCAGUUCUCUGCGCUCAAGGAGGGCCGCAACGCGUCUGCCGAGGAUGCUGGCAACAAUGCAGAAACCGGCAACGACAGCGCGGCCGACGGCCUUCGCGAACUCAACAACUACCUCCGACGCGAGAAGGAGAUCUUGGAGGUCCAGUACGACCUCAAGGUGCAAGAGUCCAAACGCCUCCAGCAACAACUAGAGUAUUCUCAAUCCCAGUUGGAUGAGGCCCGUCUUAAGCUUGAUCAGGAACGCCGCGCACAAGCUGAGAGCGGCCAAGCAUCCAUCGCCCACAAGGAUCUCAUGGACAAGCUCAACGAGCUCAAUCUUUACCGUGAAAGCAGCGCUACGCUUCGCAACGAGCUUGCUCAGGCGCGCACACAGAUAUCCGAGAAGAACGCCAAGAUCGAGGAGCUAGAAGGCAAGGUCCAGCCUCUCGAGGCUCGGAUUGAGGAACUCCAGACCCAGAAGGGUUUCCUCGAGGAGGAAAUCAAGCAAGUCCAAGAGGAUCGCGACAGAUGGCAGAAGCGGACCGAAGGCAUUCUCACAAAGUACGGCCGUGUUGAUCCUGCCGAAAUGGAACAGCUCAAACAGACCAUCAAUGAAUUGCAGGCUGAGCGCGACGCCCUCAAGGAGUCGGAAGCUCCUCUGCGGGCCGAAAUCGAGGAAACCAAGCAGCUGUUGGAGACUGAGCGAGCCAACUGGCAGAACACCCGUCAGCGUAUGACGGAGCAGUUCAAGGAGCGAUCGCGGAAGCUUACCGGCGAGAAGAACGAUGCCAUGACGGGGCGGAACGAGGCUAUUGCUGAGAAGGAUGCCGCUGUGGCCGAGAAGGAUCAACUUCAACAGCAACUCCACAAUGCCAAUACGGAACUAGAAUCGACGAGGCAGAGACUACAAGUGUCGACGCAGCAGCGUACCGAGUUUGAGCAACAGAUCCAAAGCUUCCAGCAGCAAGUUCAGAGGCUUCAGCAGGAUGACCAGGCUGCGCAAGCGCAGCCUGGUGCUCAAGGCGCCCAGCCCCCCACCGAUGCAUCGACCUCAGUGUCUACACAGGUCGUCGCCCAGCUGGAGCAGCAGCUCGCCGAGAUGCGAAGCCAGCUGGAUGCUGUAUCUGCACAGAAGGCGGCCGCCGAGCAGGAGCUCGAAAACCUCAGAACGCAAUUACAGACGGUCACGUCCGAGAGAGACCAGGCUAUCCAGGCGGCGCAACAGGCUGCUCAGUCACAGACGCAAACUGCACCCGAGCCCACCGGCACCAACAACGCAGCAGCACUUGCGAACGGCACGAACGGCCUGUCCGACGAGGAGCGCAAGGCUUUGGAGGAUAGGGUGGCUGCUGCCGAGGCCAAGGCUGCGGAAUGCGAACGCAAGGCGAACGAGCUCGAGGCAAACAUUACCCAGACUAUCAAGGAACGUUCAGACAAGAUGAGGAACGCGUUGAACGAGAAGCUCCGCCAGUCUCGCGAGAAGCUGGACGAGGAAUUCAGGACCAAGUUGGAGCAGGAGAAGAUCAUCUGGAAGGCCGAGAACCAAGCUGCCGCCGCUCCCGGCCAAUCCGCGGACGGUCAGCCAGCCGUGCCUGCGACGCCCGUCAAGCAACAAGACCCUGAAGCAACCUCGGCAACGCCAAUGACUGGCACACCCGCCGGGCCAACCGACCUGUCUCAGCUCCCCGACGCCGAGAUCCGGAAGUUCCUUUCCACGAACCCCACAGUGCGCAGCAUCAUGUCGUCGAAUCUUAGGAAGAAGCUGGAAGAACAAACUGCAAAGGUUAAGAGCGAGACAGAAACCAGCUUGAAGGUCGAGUUUGAGCAGAGAAUCGCAAGCGCGCGGGAGGAGGGCCAGAUGCUGGCUCAGAAGAAGUCUGCGCUGCAAAUCAACAUGAAGGACAACCAAAUCCGCAGCGCCAACGCCAAGAUCGAGGUCGUGGCUACCGCAGCAGCCAAGACGCCCCAAAGACCUGUCGGGGAGGUGUGGGAGGAGGCCAAGGUUGCCAAGCCAGCUCCCGCAGCGCCUCAGACAAGCCCGGUGAAGCCCGCUGGCAACGCUCAGCCUACCGCACAGCCUGCCGCACCGCGCCCGUCCAUAUCAGCCCCUUCCGGUCCGCCAGCUCAGGCUGGCGCCGCUCCGAAUGGUAAGUCUUACGCAAAGGAAGAAGCGAGGCAGAUGACAAGUUCUGACUGUUUCCAAGCUGCCCCCAACGCAUCCACCAACCAAGCUCCACCGCCAGCCACUGCACCUAGCGGUAUUCCUCCACCGGGUAGUGGCCUUCCGCAGAAACGACAAAUCCCCGUCCCCGGGGGCGAGAACAAAGCAGCAGCAGCAGCAGCAACCAAUGCUCUUCCAGCAAACCCGUUUGCCGCCGGCGCUGCCAACGGUACACAACCUCAAGCUAACCCCUUCGCUCAAGGGGGCCAAGGGCAACAGCAGCAGAAUCCUUUUGCCUCGAGCACUCAGGGUGGGCAGGCUGGCCAACCCGGCCAGCAAGGCCAAGCGCAACAGCAGCCUGCUACUCAAGGCCAAACAGCCCCACGUAGCGGCAUCCCUCUGCCUGGACGCGGUGGCGCUGCUGGACGUGGCCGCGGUGGCACGUACGCCGCCGGUAACAGGGUAUCAAGCGGUGGCGCAGAGAGAGGUGGCAUGGCGGGACGAGGAGGAGGACGUGGUGGCAGAGGGGGCAACAAUGCUUCUCUGAACCCCGGCGCCAAUGACUUCCAGCCCGGAAACAAGAGGCCAAGAGGUGACUCCGAGGCCGGCGGAGGCGCGGGCGCGAAGAGGGCGAGAGGGGGUGGACACUAA